AUGCCCGAAGUCGAUCUCGAAACCUUGGUUUCUUCAGUAUGCGCCGGUGGCUCCGACCGGAAGAUCGCCUGCGUGACCCUCGCCGACGGCGACGGCGACGAGGACUCCGCUCAUGACACGAUGAUCCGACCCGUUUUCGUCUCCGCCACGAGCCCGAUCGAUUUUCCGCCGGAGUCUUACUCCUUAUCCAAAGAAGCACAGCUCGAGUGGUUCAACGAGAACGCCUUCUUCGAGCGCAAGGAAUCACAGAAAGGAAACUCUUCUUCUUCUGCUCCCGUUUCGAAUCCCAAUUCAAACCCUAAUUCGAUUCCCAAAUCGAGCUCCCAGCGAAUCUCUCUCAAAUCCAAGACGUCGAUCAUCAGGCUGCCGAAACCGCAGAAGACGUAUUUCAACGAAGUGAAUAAGCGGAGAAAUUGCAGAAUCGCGACGACGAUGAUGAUCCCGAAACGGAUCGGGUCGCGAUUGAAAUCGGAUCCUUCGUUAUCGGAGCCUUCUUCUCCGAAGGUGUCUUGCAUUGGGAGAGUGCGAUCCAAACGAGACCGUAGCCGCCGAAUGCAGAGGCAGAAAUCCGGUCGAACCAAUUCGUUUAAGGAUAAACCGGUCCGGGUUAAGAAACCCGGGUUUCUCGCCAGCUUCAGAGCCAUCUUCAGAACCGGAGGCGGUUGCAAAGACCUGUCGGCGAGUGGAGCCCACGCGCCGCAGAGGGAUGCCACUCCGCCUAGAGUUUCCGCCAGAAGGUCGAGCGAUAUCAGAGGACGGCUUCCGCCGGGUGACGUCGGGAAAUUUUCGCCGCAGAGGAAUAGCACCGGUUCGAGGAGAUCCGUCGACGGUGACGAACCGGUGAUACCCGGAUUAGGUGGGAUGACUCGGUUUACUUCGGGGAGAAGAAGAGCGGAUUUGUUGGUAGACGUUUGA